UCAUUCAUAUGAAGGAGCCUAGCUCCUCUCUCAUUUGCUGGUGGAUGGAAUCCUGAUGAGCACAUUAAUAUGAAGGAUGAAUUAUAAGCUAUGAUAUCAGCCUCUCCCACUCUCUCUCUCUCUCUCUCUCUCCGAGCAAAUCCCCUUCCUGAAGCACAACCCAAGUUUUUCAUAAUCAUCCAGCCAAAAGAAAUUAUCAUAAAUGGAGGAAAUUGUACUAAAUAGUACAUCCCUCAUGUCAAGUUUCACAUACAAGUCUCUUUCCCCCAUCAUUUAUAUAAACUAAUACAAAUAUUGAUCAAAAAGUAUCUGGUUAUUAUUGGAUUAGUGCAUUAAUGCAGCACUUUAUGGGGCUUUCUUAUUAUCGCUGCUGUGCUGCUGUCCAUGGUGCUGAACUGGUGGGCUGAUUCCGGUUACAGGGACCAUGUAUGCUCAAUGACAGGAACACACACACACACACACACACACACACACACACACACACUGGAGGGCGGGAUUAUCCUGCAGUCAGCACCAAACAGAGUUGAGCUACAACAAACCAGAAGGUGUCCAGAAGAGCGCCGCUGUCGCUGUUUUUUUCCCAACAACUUUUUGUUUUAUGUAUAUUAGAUAUAGAUUAAGGCUAUUUCCACAGUUUUCCUCUCGACCUUGUUUUUUUCUCUUUAACUCUUCAACUGUAUUACUGACUAAACAGCAACAUCCAGUAAUCCUCUCCUGCGCCCUCGACAUGGAAACAUCCAAACUCAGUGAACCAGGUCUCAUGCGCGUAGCUUAGGGGAAAGUGUCCCGAAACCUGCACAGUUAUCCGACUGCACAAGUAUAGCGCAGGUUGCAGAAGAUGUGCACAAAAGCUGAGUUUCCUUCGGCCGAGUGGAUCCACACUAAGAUAAGACGUCGGGAGAAAGUUUUCAACAGUUUCUAAACUGCUCUGUUACCGCUGGAGGACUCCUCGGCGUGGAGGAGGAGGAGGAGGAAGAGGAGGAGGAGGCCGGGCCGACAUGAGGCUGUGUAACCGGGGUGUGAUGAUGCUGCUGACCACGGCGGGGGCUUUCUGCGCCUUCAGCCUCAUGACCAUCGCCGUGGGAACGGACUACUGGCUGUACUCCCGAGGGAUGUGCCGCUCCAAGAGCCAGAACGACAACGAGACCGUCCGCAAGAACGAGGAGGUCCUGACCCACUCCGGUCUGUGGAGGACCUGCUGCACCGAGGGGACAUUUCGGGGCGUCUGCAAAGACAUUGAUCACUUUGCUGAAGAUGCCGACUAUGAGCAGGAUGCGGCAGAGUAUUUACUACGAGCGGUACGAGCCUCCAGCCUCUUCCCCAUCCUCAGUGUGGGAUUGUUAUUUCUCGGAGGUGUGUGUGUAGCUGCCAGCGAGUUCUACAAGUCACGCUACAAUGUCAUCCUCAGUGCGGGUAUACUCUUUGUCUCUGCAGGUCUCAGUAACAUAAUUGGCAUCAUUGUGUACAUAUCAGCCAAUUCAGGUGACCCCAGCCAGAGUGACAACAAGAAGAGCUACUCCUACGGCUGGUCUUUUUACUUUGGAGCUCUGUCCUUUGUGCUGGCUGAGAUGGUGGGCGUCCUGGCAGUGCACGUGUUCAUAGAAAAACACAGACAGCUGCGCACCAAAGGCCGGCCUUCUCUCAUAAAGCCUCCCAUCUCCCGCAGCUCAUCUUACUACCGCAACCGCUACUACCAGAACCGCUCCCGCCGAUACAGUUACAGGAGCAACCACAGUGCAGGGGACUCCUUUCGAGCAUCCAUGGUGCGAGACCGAGAGCCGUCCAUCUCCGCUGAAUCCAAAGUCAUGGCAGGUUUGCCAACAUCAGUGACAGUGGGGUCAGAGUUCAUGCUCUACACCUUAGCCUCGCCUCUCAAAGACGGUAAGAUUGACAUGGCUGUGGAUGAUUUAACCAAUGCAGCUGCUCACAACAACACAGACAUGCUGCCUGGAAACUGUGCUGCCAACAGAAGGACCACGCCUGUCUGAGAGGAGAGGAACGGGAGGAGGGAGAUGUGCAGUGAUUAAACACAAGAGGGACUUCUGUAAGAGAAACAUUAAAUAAGAGAAAAUCCUCUGACAUUCUUAGUAAAGAAAAAGGAAAGACUUUGGAAACUGGAAUAGGUCUGCAUCGAGUAAUCUGUUGAUUAUAUUUUUGAUUAGUUGCUGUGAAAAAAGGAAUUGUCAAAAAAUAGUGAAAAACAAAAAACACAAUCACAGUUUCCCAGAGCCCAGUGUGAUGUCUCCAAAUUGCUUGUUUUGUCUGACCAGCAGUCCACAAUCCAUAUUCUAUGAAAUGGAUAGAUAUUCCAUUUACAAUUAUGUAAAUGAAGCAAAACCUUGUGUUUGAGAAGCUGAAAUAUAACUCAAUUAUCAAUCAAAUAAUCAAUCGCCUAAUUAUUCCAGCUCCAAAUUUAAGUAAGAUUUACUGCUGACAAGCUCUAAGAAAAAAACGAGAUGAACACAAUUUUGAGAUCCAAUAUGGUUUGUGCUCUUUGUAUGUCAUUCUGCUAUGCUAUUACAGUAGUUAUAGCUACAGUAAAUCUGUAGUGUGUGCGAAUUAGUGUGUAUAGUAAAAGGCAUGUGUGUAUGACAGUCAGCAGAGAGAGACAGAAAGGAAGGGGCUGUUCUAGAAAAUAAGAAACUAUCACACAUAAACACACGUGGGAAUGACAUGACUAACUAUGGCCUGUUCCUGUCCUGCUUUUUGGUGGACCUAAGCUCAAAAUGGAAACCCCAUUAAAUGCGUUGGAACUGACUCUUACUGUCUCUCACUGUGUCUGUUUGUGUGUCCGAGUGUGUAUUGCGUAAGCAUGUGAGCAUUAAGUGUAACAAAAUGUUCUGCCCUUGCAGUUAUGUCCUACCUAUGUGAGUCUCUGUUUACAUCAAAUAAAGCAUAUAAAUGAACACAA